AUGGAGAACUACUUUACUGAGAAUUUUGAAGUGCAAGCGAAGAACUCGUCGGAGGAAGCUUUACAGAGAUGGAGGAAGCUUUGUUGGUUGGUGAAGAAUAAGAAGCGCCGGUUCCGUUUCACUGCUAAUCUCUCCAAGCGAUUCGAGGCUGAGGCCAUUCGUCGAUCUAAUCAGGAGAAGCUGAGAGUUGCAGUUUUGGUUUCAAAAGCUGCACUUCAGUUCAUUCAGGGUUUAAGCUUGGCCAGUGACUACAUUGUACCCCAGGAUGUAAAAGAAGCUGGCUUUCAGAUUUGUGCAGAAGAGCUAGGAUCCAUUGUUGAAGGUCAUGAUGUGAAGAAACUAAAAAUUCAUGAUGGGGUGGAAGGUAUUGCAGAAAAGUUAGGCACAACAAUCACCAAAGGCAUUUCCACUUCCGAAAUCGAUAGAAGGCAACGAGUAUAUGGUGUCAACAGAUUCACCGAGAGCCCUCCUAAGGGGUUUUGGUUCUUUGUGUGGGAAGCAGUACAAGAUACAACACUUAUGAUACUCGGUAUCUGUGCUUUUGUCUCGCUUCUUGUCGGCAUUGUUACAGAAGGCUGGCCUAAAGGUGCCCAUGAUGGACUAGGAAUUGUUGCCAGCAUUCUUCUGGUUGUAUUUGUCACUGCCACCAGUGAUUACAAGCAGUCUCUGCAGUUCAGAGAUUUGGACAAGGAGAAGAAGAAGAUUGUCAUGCAGGUUACUAGAAAUGGCUUGAGGCAGAAGCUUUCCAUAUAUGACCUUCUUCCAGGAGACAUUGUUCAUCUCUCUAUAGGUGACCAGGUCCCAGCUGAUGGUCUUUUUAUGUCAGGUUACUCGUUAUUGAUAAACGAAUCAAGUUUGACUGGUGAGAGUGAACCAGUUAAUGUCAAUGCUUCAAACCCGUUUCUCCUUUCUGGGACCAAAGUUCAGAAUGGUUCUUGCAAGAUGCUUGUGACAACUGUUGGAAUGAGGACACAAUGGGGUAAGCUCAUGGCUACUCUUAGUGAGGGAGGAGAUGAUGAGACUCCACUGCAGGUCAAAUUGAAUGGAGUUGCCACGGUCAUUGGGAAAAUCGGCUUGUUCUUCGCUGUUGUGACAUUUUCUGUCCUAGUGCAAGGGUUGUUCACUCGGAAGCUCGAGGAAGGAACCCAAUGGAUUUGGUCUGGAGAUGAAGCUGUGGAAAUGUUGGAGUUCUUUGCCAUUGCUGUCACCAUUGUUGUGGUUGCAGUUCCCGAGGGACUUCCUUUGGCUGUAACUUUGAGUCUUGCUUUUGCUAUGAAGAAGAUGAUGAAUGAUAAAGCGCUAGUUCGACAUCUGGCUGCCUGUGAAACAAUGGGUUCCGCCACUACUAUCUGCAGUGAUAAAACCGGGACUCUAACAACUAACCACAUGACUGUUGUCAAAACUUGCAUCUGUGGGGAGAUUAAGGAAGUGAGCGGUUCUGAGAAGUUUGGGUCUUCGAUUCCUGAAUCGGUUAGGAAAAUUCUACUUGAGUCGAUAUUCAACAACACUGGAGGAGAUGUUGUGGUUAAUGAAGCUCAGAAAGUAGAGAUUCUAGGCACUCCCACUGAAACUGCUCUUCUUGAAUUGGGUCUCUUGCUUGGUGGAGACUUCGAGGAAGAAAGAGUGAAAUCGAAGAUUGUAAAGGUUGAGCCUUUCAACUCUACGAAAAAGCGAAUGGGAGUAGUUCUAGAGCUUCCUGAAGGAGGUUUCCGUGCUCAUUGUAAAGGUGCCUCGGAGAUAGCUUUAGCUGCAUGUGACAAGUUUCUUAAUUCAAAUGGAGAUGUUGUUCCACUUGAUGAGGCAUCCACCACCCAUCUCCAAGACACGAUUGAGAAGUUUGCUAGUGAAGCUCUUCGAACUCUUUGCCUUGCAUACUCUGACAUUGGAAGUGAAUUUUCAGAAAGUGGUGAUAUUCCUUUCCAAGGAUACACUUGCAUUGCUAUUGUCGGUAUCAAAGAUCCAGUCCGCCCUGGUGUCAAGGAAUCUGUUGCGGUUUGUAGGUCUGCUGGAAUUGUUGUUCGGAUGGUCACUGGAGAUAACUUAACAACUGCCAAGGCCAUUGCCAGAGAAUGUGGAAUUCUGACUGACGAUGGGCUAGCAAUUGAAGGUCCUGAGUUCAGGGAGAAGAGUGAUGCCGAGUUGCAGCAACUUAUUCCCAAGCUCCAGGUGAUGGCUCGAUCUUCACCAAUGGAUAAGCAUACCCUUGUGAAGCAACUAAGAACUACUUUUGAAGAGGUUGUCGCUGUGACUGGUGAUGGUACAAACGAUGCUCCUGCACUUCAUGAGGCAGAUAUUGGGCUUGCCAUGGGCAUCGCAGGAACUGAGGUGGCUAAAGAGAGUGCGGAUGUCAUUAUUUUGGAUGACAACUUCUCAACAAUUGUGACAGUUGGAAAAUGGGGGCGUUCGGUUUAUGUGAACAUCCAGAAGUUUGUGCAGUUUCAAUUGACUGUUAAUGUGGUUGCCCUAGUUGUCAACUUCACUUCAGCCUGCCUUACUGGAAAUGCCCCUUUAACAGCUGUUCAGCUUCUGUGGGUCAAUAUGAUCAUGGACACUCUAGGAGCACUGGCUUUAGCUACAGAGCCUCCAACUGAUGAUUUGAUGAAGAGAGCUCCGGUUGGUAGGAAAGGCAACUUCAUCAGUAAUGUAAUGUGGAGGAAUAUCACGGGGCAAUCUUUGUAUCAAUUCGUGGUGAUAUGGUACCUUCAGACACAAGGAAAGGAAGCAUUUCGACUUGACGGCCCAGAUUCUGAUUUGAUACUCAACACUCUCAUUUUCAACUCAUUUGUCUUUUGCCAGGUUUUCAAUGAGAUCAGCUCAAGGGAGAUGGAAAAAGUGAAUGUCUUUGACGGUAUACUGAAGAACUAUGUGUUUGUAGCUGUGUUGAGUUGCACUGCCAUCUUCCAGAUCAUAAUUAUUGAGUUCCUGGGUACAUUUGCAAGCACAACUCCUCUCACUUGGCAGCAGUGGUUUGUAAGCAUAGCAUUUGGGUUCCUCGGCAUGCCAAUUGCUGCUAUUCUGAAGAUGGUUCCUGUAGGAUCAAGCUGA